AUGGAGUCUGGAAAUAACAAAAUAAGACGCAGGAGACCCUGUCAUUGGAAGAUAACAUACUAUAGAAUUCCAUACACAUAUCAUCACCAACUGUCCGUGGAAGCUUAUUCAACAACCCGUCAAAACUAUCAAGGACUUGCGCAUAUGCUGCAGUCGUCUAGAAUCAAUACUUUAAACUUUCAAGAUGAAACAGAUGAGAAAUUACGACAAGCAAAUACAUUUGUCCAAACACUCAGGGAUGAACAAAUUAUUUAUAGAACUUUUGAUCAUCCAGUAGGAAAUGUGCAAAACAUACCUUACGGCGUUAAAUACUGUAUACAAGGAUAUUUUCUUCCUUCUUCAGGCACAAUGUAUGAAUUCGUUAGUUAUCAUCCAUUGAUGCAAUAUUAUGGAUUCACUCCGGACGGAACUUCCAUGGAAGUUUUACGUCCACCAGUUCUUUUACAUUCCAAAGAAUUCAACCGUAUAUAUCAAGAUGAGUUAGAAGUACUGAAUGCAAAAGAUUUGCAUAUGCAGCCACCAUAUUGUGUACCUUGUAUCAACGUGUCAUCUCCCGAUAUCAUAUCACGUUUUCUGUUUAACUUAUCAUCAAACAAAAAAUGCUCAAUACAGCACUGCUAAAAAAUCAGAUUAAUCCAACGAAUGUAGAAACGGAACUAUUUCAAAUUUACAACUGAUACCUUUCUCAUGCAAAUUCAUUAUUUUCUAGCAAUAAUAACAACACAUUUGUUUAAAUGAGCUAAGCCUCCCCCUACCACUCCACUCCACGUGGGAAAACUAGCGUACCCUAGUACAAAACACCACACCUGAGAACACGAUGACACCCACGACGAUGACACACAACACAUCGAGCUGACAAAGGGACGAGAUCAUCGGCAUACAGAUUCAAUUGGACAGCUUAAUUCGUUUAGAACAGCUCCUGCGCGAGUUACAGAAUAGGAGUCGGCUGAUGUCACUACCUAAAUCUGGAGUAAACAAUGAACCAAAUAAAUAUACUACUAUAAAUACAAUCACUUUGGUGCCAAGAAUCAGAAGUCAGCAACUCCAAUGUGUGAAUGGACCGCACAUUCCAAUAAACUCAAAAUAUGCCGAGCUGUUUUCUUUCUUUUAUUUAUAAUUUUAAAACUUAUUUUUUAAUUUUUUCUUUUAAUUCUUACAAAUAAUAACAAUAAUUACACUUAUGCCGUAAGAUACGUUUUUGUGAUAUUUUAAGUCUUCUAUUUCUUUGAUAUUCUUAGAAUAUUUAGUACAAUAUUGUCAAACUUUAUUUUUGACUGAUAAGUUUGGUUCAAAAUUUUAACAGGAUGUAUAAAUUUAUCAAUAAAUUUGGUUUUGUUAUUACUAAAAUUUUCUUGAUUAAUUUUUAUUUUACACUUUGCAAACUUUAUCAUAUAGUUAUUUUGUAAUAUAAAGUUUCUUCCGUCACAAUUCUGAAUAAGACUUAUAUUAUAAGGAAUUUUUUUAUAAAUAAAUAACUUAUUUUUUGAAUUAUUGUCUUGUUGUUGUACUUAAAUUCACAAUCAUUAAAAAAAUACAAUUCCUACUUAGCUUUUUCGAAUAACGUAUUGUCAUCUAUAUAUAUAAAAAUCAAUGCCACUUUCUUUGUAAUUUCAUCACUCAUAAACGGCUGAACCGAUUUGGCUGA